AUUUUCGAGGUACUGGCAGGUGGCCUGGAGAAGACAGUGGAGAUCUGUUAUUCCCUGCAGUGAUUAAUACAGAUAGACUCCUGAACAAAUAUCGGAAGUUGUGCUGUGACAUUAAAACAAAGAUUCUGAAGAUAUGAAUGAAGACAUGGCUUGGCAAAUACUGAGUGGAACUGAGAGGAAUCUUAUGGUCCACUCAGACAAAAACAUAGGAUGGUGCAGGACUGUGAAGAGCAGUAAAGCCAUUGUGAAUUGGCCAACUUCGACUAUUGCUGAUGAGCAGGGACCUGUGGAAUUUAAGAAUCUCUCUCCUAAGAAAAUUUGCUGCUUCUACAGCUUUCCAUCUUAGUGUGCACUCAAUUUCACUUGAAAUACCUAUCUGAAGAAAUUAAGAGUAGGCGAGGUGUAAUUGCCCUUUAAAAAUGUUAAAAGUUCAGCAUUGUGUAACAGCUGUCAAGAUACCCAAGAAAAAGCCGUAUAUUUGUGACAUGUGCUAUAAACAGUUCGAAACUCCGUCAAAAUUAGCUAGGCAUUAUCUCAUACAUACUGGUCAAAAGCCAUUUGAAUGUCAUGUAUGCAAUAAAACAUUUAGGCAGCUAGUCCACCUGGAGAGGCAUCAGUUAACCCAUAAUCUGCCUUUUAAGUGUAUUGUUUGUUACAGAAACUUCAGAAAUGUAAUCACUUUCUUAAAGCAUCAGCAGCUUCAUAAUGAAAAUUAUGAGAGUGAUACAAAGGAAGCAGAAACCUAUGUGAAUUCUGAGGAAGACAGGGCUGCUUGUGGCACAUUUCAUUGUUCUGUGUGCUGGAAACCUUUUACAACUGAAGAGAGAUGGAUGCUGCAUCAGUGUCUCAAGUCAGAUCACCUACAUGGUGCCAGAAGGAGAAAGAAGAAAACUCACACUUGUGGAUCAUGUAACAAGACAUUUCCAUCAAGAUCCAAGCUAGAAAGACACUUCCUUAUUCACACUGGCCAGAAACCUUUUAAGUGUUCUUCAUGUGGCAAAUCUUUCAGACAGUCAACACACUUGAAAAUUCAUCAGCUCACACACACAGAAGAAAGGCCUUUUCAGUGCUGUUUUUGUCAAAAGGGAUUUAAAAUACAGAGCAAACUCAUGAAGCAUAAACAGCUCCAUGCCAGAAAUAAGACUUUCCACAAUAUUGUAUGCAAAGCAAAGGCUCUUAAAUAUCCCAGACCACACAACCUGUUGGAAGGAAAGAGGGAUAGUUUUGAGAAUGCUGACACACACAAGUCACAGGAGAAUGACCCACAUGAUGUGCACUCAAUUUAUAUUGUACCCUUUCAGUGCCCAGCGUGUGAGCAGUGUUUUGAAACAGAGCAUGUUCUAAAGUUGCACAAAUGUUGUUAUUCAAGAGACAGCAGAAGUUCAAAUAAUGGUACAACAGCAUGCAGACACACAGUCAACAGGAAAAAUAAGACCCUGAUGAAACUGAAGCAUACUGGAGGAAAGGCAACAGAUUUUUCUCUGGGUGACAGAAAAAAAAUAAAAUCAGGUCACGUUAGAAGUCCUGACCUGGUUGCACCUAGAGAUCAGCGUUGUGAUCAGCAUGUGUCCACUAAACCGUCCAAGGAUUGCCAGAGCAGGCAUGACAUGCACAAGUCAGUUUGUAAUCAGAUGAAAAGAACGUUUGCUGUGCCAUUAUCUUGGCAAGAGUACCCACAACCUCCUGACUUGGGCAGUAAUUUAAAAGGUGUGCUUCCUGGUGAAAGCAUGUUAAACGUCGAUGAUUCACUGGAUAAUAAAGAUGAUGCUUUUUAUGGUUCAUCAAAUGAUAGUUUCUUUGAUAAACCAGAAGUACUUCACUGUGCUUUUACAGUUUCUGCUAAAAAUAUACAUAACAGACACAAAGUGUGUAAAUGUGACAGAUGUGAAAAAAUUUUUCCAUCUUCAUCCAAACUUCAAAGACAUUAUCUUAUACACACAGGACAAAAGCCCUUCGGCUGUAAUGUUUGUGGGAAGACAUUUAGACAGUCAGCUCACUUAAAAAGACAUCAGCUCACCCAUACUGAGAAGAGACCCUGUAAAAGCCCCGUUUGCCAGGUAGAAUUUGAAAACCUGAACAAACUUUUCAAUCAUCAGGGAGAUAACACUGCAUUUAAGUCUUCUCAGCCUGUGGGUUAUUCAGGUUACUCUCAAACACCUUCACAGGCAUCUGGCUUUCAAGAAUUUGAGCUGAUUCAGUCAAACCAAGCAGCUGAAAUCAAAGUUGAAAUCGAGUCAGGGGACUUUGCUCUUGACACCAGCAGUAGAAACCCACAGCCAUAUUUGUGCAGUAAAUUGUUGGAAACGGAGCAAAGCUGUUACAGCUAUUGGCAUGAUUUUUCUGAAGGUACUGAAAAAAGUGAAGUUGUUAACAAAUUGUAUCAAUGCAGUAUCUGCUUUAAAACUUUCAAAUCUCCUUCUAAGCUUGAAAGACAUCACCUAAUGCAUGCUGGACAGAAGCCAUUUGAAUGUUUAGUUUGUGGAAGAAAAUUCAGACAGGCCCCACAUUUGAAAAGACACCACCUUACUCACUUUAAAGAGAGCUUAAAGUUUAGUUCCACUGAGGAACAAGCAGAGAAUGUAUUAGUUUUAUCAAAACUGGAUAAUGUCCUAUGAAACCAUAUUUUUAAAUUUUUUGGUUGCGUAAUUAUAAAAGACUUCCCUUAGGCCAAACAAUUAACCGAAGGGGAUCAUAUUUCCUGUUACAGAGAUGACGUGGUGAAAUUAAUUUACUGUCUUCAGAACUGUCUACUUGAUACAAUUUUUGAGAUACUACUGUUGAGCUGUUUUUUAAAAAUGCAGCAAGCCCACAAAUACACUCUUUGCAUUCGCUUUGGCUAAAUUAGUUUAUAAAUAUGCAUUUGUAUUGUAUCAAUAGUGUUGCAGCAAUCUGCAGAGUUCCACGAAUAAGAUAGUUUAAAAGUUUUACCUUUUCCCAUAUAGUAUUUUGUGUUCAGUGAUAACUAUCAGAAAAGUAAAGACAAAAAGGUAAUUUUGAGAAUAAGGAAAAAGUCCUUUUAGUUUCUUCUGGCUCCCCAUAUGUUGCAAGCAAAGGACACUUGCUGUAUUUAUCCUGUACUUUAAAAAAAAAAAGGUUAUUUUUAGAUAAAAGACACAAAAAAAGAAGAGAGCAGAAAAAGGGGAGAAAGUUUAAUGAGAAGAAUGUUGAUGUGACAUUAUAGAACAUUCUAUUUUCUAUAGGAUAGGGAAAAAUAACUUCUUUGUAAUGUGCUUGGAGAGCUAUACAUAAGGAAUUAGAUCAUUUCCCUUUUUAUAUAAAAUACAUGGAGACAAUGCUAGAAUAUUGGAUUUACAAUCAAUUAAUCCAUGUUACCACUUCAUUAACUCCACUUCCUUGUAAAUCCCUUGCCUUCUCUAGCAUUUUUGGCCAAUUCAUACUUCACUGAGCUAUUUUUGUGUAAGAAAAGAAGACAAGAAAUUAGCAUUAACAUUACAAAUGGGCUUACUAUCUGUUCAGUCUCCUUUCCUUCUAGCAUACAUCGUGAACCAGUAAAAGAAAUGUUCUCUAAGAUGUGAUAAUAACUCAGAUGAGCAGUUUUGUCAGGAAGUCGUGUUCUCAUUACAUUACAUACAAGAGACUGAAAAUUACUUUUAGCUGAAAUUAAGUAAUUCUGAUUUUGUAUUAAUAGAAUCUGUAGUUACACUUCCUGGUAAGUAGAGGGUUUUGCCCAUUGUGCCAAUGGGGCUGGCCAGAAGUGUAAGUGCAGUGCAGCUUCAUACAUUACGAACAAGAAUGAAGUUUGUUUCUUCUUUUUUUCCUCUGAAGAAACUACCUUUUAGGAUACUUCCUUUGUUAUGCAACUUUUGAAUAGUUGAAACCGGAAGUUCUUAAUCUUAUUUCUAAAUUAACAUAUCUGUAAGAUACAUGACAUUGUUUUCAGUAUUUAAAUAGAUCCAUAUUUAUUUAAGUAAAAUGAGGGUUGUUUUUUUUAUUUUUGAAGUGGCAUGAACUUUGUAGUACUUGGUGAAUAUGAAGUGAAGGGCAAAAUUAUUUUCAUACAUGUUAUUCUUUUCCAUUUUCAGCAAGAAUAAAACCAGCAAAAAUACUUGGAAACAAGUCUGUAGUUACUAUGCUUUUUGUAUGACAGACAAAUUCAGUACAUUAAUAAUGACUUUAGUUAUAUAUUGAGAUUUUUUUCUCCCUAUGUGGAUUGUUUCAUAUUGAAAGACAAAAUGCUGUAUAAAAUGUUUUGAAAGCAUAUUGUAGAGCUCUUUUAAAAUACCUGUAAUAAACUAUUUUAUUUAUAUUGUA